AAAUGUGCUCAUUAAGCUCGACUGGCUGCCUGUAGCUGCUCGUAUUAAGUUCAAGUCACUUAUGCUUGCCUACAGAGUGAUUGCUGGUUCUGUUCCACCUACCUAAAUGCUCUUGUAAGGGCAAAUGUUACACCCAGCAUUCUGCGCUAGUCUAGUGAGCGUUGUUUAGCUCUGCCGUCUGUGCAAGUACGGCAAUCUAGACUAUUCUCAUUUGUAGUUCCACGUUGGUGGAACGAGCUGCCAAGCACUACCAGAGCAGAGGCAUCCCUCUCUACCUUUAAGAAGCUUUUAAAGACCCAACUCUUCAGAGAGCACCUCCCUUCAUAAACUGGCACUUCGACUAGUGCCCAACUUGCACUUGCAGCGGUUACCUUCCUGCUCUUUUCUUUCAUAUUUAGUUUUUCUUAUUUCUUAUGUAAAGUAGUAUUUAUUGUUACACCAGGGUUCUAAUGCUUGUAGCUUGACUAUUCUCUCCCUUGUACGUCGCUUUGGGUUCGGAGGACCCCUGAGUGCAGGAACCCAACACCUCCAUUUGUUAGGAGGACAGAGUGAAGCCCAAGUUCAAUACACAACCCUACGCAUCUGUUUUGACUUGGACAUUCCUUUCUGAACAAUCCUUGCAAAACAGGAAAACCCUGAAGUAUGAUAUCCAGCCUAUUCAGAAAUGUACAGGCAGUACCUUGCAGACAAUUGAGGAGGUCUCACAAUGUCCCUAUAGCAAGCACCCAAUCAGGAAUAGACUUAGGUGUGUAGGUAUGUUUGUGUGUGUGGGUGUGUGUAUAUGUGGGUUUGUCUGUAACGUGUAAAAAGACCAUGAGCUAGAUUAUUUCACAGAACUUAGGAUCACGUCAUCACAAGGGGUCUUGGGUAGUGCCUGUGCAUAAAACUUUGAGACAAAAACAGGGAAAGUCAUGAAUAGGCCUUUCAUCAUGAUCCUACUGGUGGUGUGUGCUUUGGCUGCUGUUUCUUUGGCAAGACCACCUGGGUUUCCGCCUCCACCUCCGCCUCCACCUCCGCCUCCACCUCCGCCUCCGCCUCUGGAGGUGUGCUGGACAAAGUGGUACGAUCGUGAUGAUCCCUCCGGUACCGGUGACUGGGAGUCGCUGUCGGACCUGCGGAGAGAGAACCGUGGUGAGAUCUGUGCCAGACCAAUCGCCAUUGAGAGCAAGACUGUGGACACAGGGACUCCUGCCGCCCAGACUGGCCAACACUUCCUCCACUUCUCUACGACAGUUGGGUUUGUAUGCAAGAACGGCCCCGACCAAUACUGCAAGGACUACCAAGUCCGGUUUCGGUGUCCUUGUCGGCUUAGCUUGGAAAUUGGAGAUGCCAUCCCAUAAUAUCUCAAGGGGUGUAAGACUGUUCAAUGUGUACUUUCCCCAGUAGUCUAGCAGUGAUAACUGAUGUAUUUCUGUAGCAGCAUCAACAUCUAACAUCUGUUGUUGUGUUGCCCCAUAUUAUGCUGACUUGCUGGUUUAAUAGUCAACAAGUAUGCAGAGAAACAAUAAAAACUUCAAAUCCUAGAUUUGUUUUCAGUGUUCAGUUGCAAAUUCACAAAAAAUGACAAAGAAAAUUGAAGACUCUAAGACAGGCCGUGCCCUCAACUACUCAGAAGCAAUAGAUGUGAACAGAAACUACAGUUUAGCCAUUGUUGUCGGAUAUCAUGAGGAAAAUGUUAACUGAAAACCAGCGAAGUACCGCAGGCUUUACAGUUCAGCCUAGCAGUAAAAGAUGAUAGUGGGUUCUAGGGGUGUUGCCGUUGUGUUAUGAGGUCUCCUCUGUGUGUUUGGUAAUAAACGACAUUCAUGGGCCUGUGCUGUAACCUAUCGGGCAUCACGUUGCCUUCAUCCACACUAAGCUUGCUACAGUAUCAAAGCAUCAGGAAAAAAUGGAGGUAAUUAAACGCUUACAUCAGUACCUCAAUUUAAAAUCCCAGUCCAGUUGUUUCUUUUUCGUUUUUUGCUUUAGAGUGGUGAUUGCCGCUCUCUCGGCAUUGGGCGAGCAAGUAUCUCAAGUAAGCACACUUCCUGUAAGGGGAAUAUCUUUCUACCUGUGCCAGUGAGGACCAGAGAGGACCAGCUACGUAGUUCGAGAAGAAUGGUCAAAGAUUGCAAUAACUAAUAACAUCAUUUGAUGGGACUUGAAAUAGUGUUUGGAUGUAAAUUGUGUUAGAUUCUUUUUAGUGCGGGUCCUGUUAAAGUAACAUGAUGUAACAAUUCUACCUUAAAAUAACAGCUAGAAUUUUUUUUUAAAUGACCAUAAAGUUAUAUAACAAACUAUAGCUUUCUUAAUCUCACUUAAAUCUCCCACUGUUAUAAACUAUUGACAUAAGUUGUAAAUAUCUAUAUUUUACCAUAUAUAAUUUUUAUUUUGUAAAA